CCAUAAAUCCCUGACGUCAUCAGCCUGCGACCAGCAUCUGAUUACAGGAAAGACGGAAAAAUGGCUGCAAGGUUACUGCUCCGCUCGGCUUUUAGAGCCGCAACAACCUGCCGGGCGGCCCCGGUGCCGGCGCUGACCCGCGGCAUGGCGGCCGGAGGGAUCCCCACCGAUGAGGAACAAGCCACCGGACUGGAGAAGGUCAUCAUGACGGCCAUGAAGGACGGCUCUGAUCCCUACAACAUGAUGAAGCCCAAGGAGUACGCGGGCUCUAAGGCGGACCCCCACCUGGUUCCCUCCAUCACAAACAAGAGGAUUGUGGGAUGUGUCUGUGAAGAAGACAACACAGCUGUGAUCUGGUUCUGGCUCCAUGAGGGCGAGGCCCAGCGCUGCCCGUCCUGUGGUUCCCACUACCAGCUGGUGGCCCAUGAUCUCCCCCACUAACUGCUCCAUACCUCUGUUAUUGAUAUUAUUAUGAUUCUAGACAUGUCUCACACCGACAGCUGUGUGUCUGCACAGUGUUAGCUUCUCUCAAAUGUUCCUCCUACCUUCAGAACGAGGAGGAGAAACAUCAGACGUCUCCGGGAAGUUUCUUCUCCGUCUUGGUCGUGUCUACUUCCUGGAGUCGUGAGUCCUCGUCUGAUCGGUCUCCGACUCGUUCUGUCUCAGUACUUGAUGGACCUGCUGACCUCAUCAGUCUUUGCUCUACGUGUCACACAGGGAUCACAUGUGGUUUGGGACACAACUGCUUUUCUUUUAAACAUUUCCAUUCAGUUUACAUUUACACACGACUGUACGACGUUACUCGGUCCACUUACCUCCUUUAUUGAACCAAUAAAGUCUUCAUGCUUA